UGUUACAUUGUAUAGGCAACCCAUUUUUGGUAUUUAGCAUUGUUAUUAAUGCUUCUCCCUUCUCUUCCAAGUAUUGAACUACAUGUCUUUUGGGGGAUGAGAAGGAAAGUGAGCUGUGAAGAAAACAGUAGGAUUCUUGAAAAAUAGCUGGUGCUUCCUACCUCUACUAUUUCCAUCGCCAUUUAUGGUUUGAAAAAGACGGCAUUUCUUUGGUGGGUUGGGUUGUGUUGCCUCAGAUCCAAGGUACUCAAGUUUUAUGUGACAAAAGGGUACCAUCUUUUUCAGGGUUUCUUUCUUGUGAUUCUUCCCACUUUUUCCCUUAGAAUUUCACAUGACCCCUUUUCUUUGAUUCACUUUAUCAAAGCUUUUUCUGGGUUUUCAGUAGCUCAUUUGAUUUUGGGAAGAAAGUGCAGGCAGACAAUUCUUACUUUUUAGGUGAAUUUCCAACCAAAAAAAGUCUUUUUUUCUUACCAGAUCUGACUACAAAAUUGGGAAUCAGGGCGUAUGCUACAUCUUUCUAGGCAUGGAAAAUGGUGUGGUGAAGCUCAUGAGAAGAUUAUUAUUAUUAUUAGUUUGACAAUGACAGGCUGUAUAAUGUUGUUACAAGAUAGUGAUUUUGAUGGACGACAUGUGUUUGGCGGUUGCUCUGCCAUCUAGAUUAGAAUCUUCUGUUUAUGAUGAUUGCAAUUCUGCUGAUUUACAGAAGAAACACCUCACUGUUACUGUACCUCAACAAACUGGUAUGAUAUCUGAAAAUGAAAGCAACUGGAUUGCUGUUGUCAGGGAAAGUGAAGAUGAUGAGAUCUUAUCAAUGGAUGUUGAUCAAAUUCUUGAUAGUUCCUGUUCCCUGUCUGUGGUCAGUGAUUCCAGUAGUUUAUGUCCUGAUGAUUUUAUAAGUUUCGAGCUAGCACCUGACGUUGACGGACAGAAUUUGGUAGAUGCUGAGAAAAACACUUGCAAUGUCAAACUUAUAGCUAAGGCUGGAGAUCUGGUAGAGUCAGGUGCUCAGGAGACAGUGAGCAAACCUCUGGCAGUUGCGGAGAAACUUGAUGAGCAGAUUACGGAUGGCUCCAGCUCGAAAUCAACUGAAGUUGUUGUUCAGCUACCUUUAAAUAAAGGGUUAAGUGCAGCAGUUGGCCGCAGUAUUUUUGAAGUGGAUUAUAUACCCCUUUGGGGAUUUACAUCUGUGUGUGGAAGGAGACCAGAAAUGGAAGAUGCGCUUGCAAUUGUUCCUAGGUUCUUGAGAAUUCCUAUACAGAUGCUAGUUGGCAAUCGUUUGCCUGAUGGAAUGACUAGGUGUUUAAGUCAUUUGACAGCUCAUUUCUUUGGAGUUUAUGAUGGCCAUGGUGGCUCUCAGGUGGCAAAUUACUGCCGGGAUCGAAUUCAAGCUGUAUUGGCCGAGGAGUUGGAAACCAUUAUGGCUAAUCUCAAUGAUGAAAGUAUUAGGCAAAAUUGCCAGGACCAAUGGAAAAAUGCAUUUACCAACUGUUUUCUCAAGGUUGAUGAGGAGAUUGGAGGGGCGGGAAAUCAUGAGGCUGUUGCCCCAGAAACAGUAGGCUCCACGGCCGUUGUCGCCAUUGUUUGUUCAUCGCACAUAAUAGUAGCAAAUUGUGGUGACUCAAGGGCUGUUCUGUGCCGUGGGAAAGAACCCAUGGCAUUGUCAGUGGAUCACAAGCCAAACCGAGAAGAUGAAUAUGCAAGGAUUGAAGCUGCAGGAGGGAAGGUUAUACAGUGGAAUGGGCAUCGUGUUUUUGGCGUUCUUGCAAUGUCUAGGUCUAUUGGAGAUAGAUACUUGACGCCCUGGAUAAUUCCUGAUCCAGAAGUAAUGUUUAUACCUCGAACCAAGGAUGACGAAUGCCUUAUCCUUGCAAGUGAUGGUUUAUGGGAUGUUAUGACCAACGAAGAGGUCUGUGAUUUGGCUCGCAAGCGCAUACUCCUCUGGCAUAAAAAGAAUGGUGUUACGCUUCCUUUGGAAAGGGGCCAAGGAAUUGAUCCAGCAGCACAGGCAGCAGCAGAAUGUUUGUCAAAUCGAGCUCUUCAAAAGGGCAGCAAGGACAACAUAACAGUGAUUGUUGUGGACUUGAAAGCCCAAAGAAAGUUUAAGAGCAAAACCUAACCCAAGUGAUCUCUCAAUCAGCUGUUUCCAUUUAUAGGUUCACAAUAUUGACUUCAUAUGAUUCGAUAUAUCCAGCCCUUUUAAUUUUUAGCAGGGGACUGUGGGACUAAGGUUUUCAUUAGAGUAGCUUACUGUAUGUAUUGUGCAGUACUUGAUCCAUUCUCUGUAUGUAUUUUUCUUCCUUUAGCUGUUUGAAGUAGGAACAUACAUUAUAUCCUCCGAGUUAAAGGCGGCUCUGUGAGGUUAUUUGCCUCAGUAUUACAUUUGAUGUUGUUGUUGGAAACAGUAACGAGCGAAUAGAGAGACCUCUUGUGAAUUGUAUUCAAAAGAUGCUUCUUCUUCCCCUUGUACUUUAUAUAAA